UAAAGAUCAAAGGUGGUUUCAAGUCAUGGUCGAGAACGGACUCUACACCCUCAAAGCCUCUCCCGUCGUCGAGGCCGCCAGUGGUGGUAUGUAUGCGACUGGGAACGGCACUUUCAAGAUCGUCACCGUCGCCGCCCAAGUCCCGACGACCUUCGAUCGUCAAACCUGGAAGAUCACUGCCGUUCGUGGGAAAAAAGACACAUACACUAUCAUCCAGCACCACAAGCAUGACAUCUCUCUGGGCGGAAGUUGGUCCCUCGAGGACAACUUGUCCGUUCCACACGGCCCCGUCAUCACCGCCGAGGAACACAUCGAAUGGGAAAUUACCCCAGCAAACAACGCCGACACCUAUUUCAUCCAAGCAAUCCAUAAGUCCGAUGGCCACAAUGGGUGGUUCGUUGGAACCGAUCAUAAGAAUGAAGUUGUUAUUAUACGUUCUCCGAUUUUCACGCCCCCAUUCCCGGAUAGACCCUACUGGCAAUUCAAUAAAUCAUCCUAAAUUUUGUGAACGUUAAUUUUGUAAGCGGAGUUACGGUGGGCAGGUCAUUGGUUUUACGGAAUGUCAUACACUUUUUGC